AUGUUGCCGAUACAACGAAUGCAGAUCACGAUUACAAACGGGGAUCAGAAAUGGCUUACUGGUGUUAAUGGCCUGCUCAACAUGUCGCUCCGAAAUUUCUUCCCGCAGCAAUAUAAUGAUGGCUUGAUCAUGUCAGAAGUUGCAUGCGAGCCUAUUGAGAGCUGUGAUCGCAACCAGAUGUGUUUCAAGGGCUUCCUAUCUGUCUGGAUGGCGUUUACUUCUAAACUGGUUCCAUCUACUGCUUCCCGAAUUCUCCCCAAGCUUCAAGGAUCGGCAGAAGCUGCAGCAAAGCAGUGCUCUGGAGGGGCUGAUAAAACUGUCUGCGGAGUGCGAUGGUAUCAAGAUACUUGGGAUGGAAAGGCGGGGCUGGAGGAGCAGAUGAGUGCACUGAGUGUGUUUACAGCAAAUAUUAUGCUUCAGUCAACCAAGGGCCCUGUAACCUCCAAGACUGGAGGUGUGAGCAAGAGUGAUCCCAAUGCAGGGACGGGACAAAGUUCAGAAUCGGAUGACCCGUUAUCAGAAUUACCACCAAUAACCACCAAAGACCGAGUUGGAGCAUGGAUAUUGACUAUAAUUAUUGGGGUAACGUGGAUUGCUAUGGUGCUCUGGGUUGCUUGGGGCCAUUGA